AUGUAUGUAUGUAUAGCGAAGUUUCCUUCUACCCACCCGAUUAAUAGUCAAACCACCAUUCUAAGGUUCACAAAUCCCUCCUACAUUUUAGUACCUUCUCAAAAUACCUUCUGGAUAUCCUUUCCUGUCUUCUCUGGGUUUGCAGCUACUCUUAGUGAUUCCCAAGCAAAAGCAGUUGCAGACAUGCCGGGUGUUGUCCGAGUGUUCCCUAAUCGCAUUUAUAAACUCCAUACUACCCGAAGCUGGGAUUAUCUAGGACUCAAUCCACAUGAUCAGCAUCAAAGUAACCUUUCAUCUGAAUCUAAUAUGGGUGAAGGGACUAUUAUUGGCGUGAUAGACUCAGGAAUCUGGCCAGAGUCAGAAAGCUUCAAGGAUGAUAAUAUGGGUCCAAUUCCAUCGCAUUGGAAAGGAAUUUGCCAAACUGGAGAGUCUGUCAAUUCAACUAACUGCAAUAAGAAGCUAAUAGGCGCUCGCUGGUUUGCAAAAGGAGUUAACACCACUGGGCUUGAAGACUAUUUGUCCCCAAGGGACAACACAGGGCAUGGCACUCACUGUGCUUCUAUAGCUGCAGGUCGUUUUGUAGCAAAUGUAAGCUAUGAAGGGCUUGGUACUGGUCUAGCUAGAGGAAGUGCACCUCUUGCUCACCUAGCAAUCUACAAGGUGUGUUGGAAUGGAUUAGGAUGUUCAGAUGUAGAUGGACUAAAAGCUUUUGACAUGGCCAUACAUGAUGGAGUAGACAUUAUAUCUGCAUCUAUAGGGGAAACAUUACAGCCACUGGGGGACUACGUCGAUAAUGGACUUGCAGUAGGUGCAUUUCAUGCAGUAGCAAAGGGGAUAACUGUGGUCAAUUCGGCAGGGAACAAUGGCCCUAAAACUUAUACAGUUGAGGACACAGCUCCUUGGAUCCUCUCUGUUGCAGCCACUACUAUUGACAGGGUUUUCCUAACAGAAAUUACACUUGGAAACAACCAAACUUUCUUGGGCCAAUCCCAAUCACCUGUAAAGCACAAAGAUUUCAUCGAUAUUGUUGUCCUCUUUUUUUUACAACCAUCUGAACAGGAUUUUGGAGAAGCAUAUGUCACAGUUGGGAAAGCAGGAGGAGUUGGCCUUAUAUAUACACAACCUCACACUGACCUUAUCAUUCCAUGCCCUAUCCCUUGUAUUAAAGUAGAUUAUGAAAUAGGGACAAAAAUAGUUUCCUACAUCAGAAGAACAAAUGUUGUGAAGCUCAGUCAGCCUAAGUCUGUCUUUGGGAUAUCAUUAUCUCCGCGAGUUGCUUCAUUCUCAUCCAGAGGACCAAGUUCUUUGUCACCUGCAGUGUUGAAGCCUGAUAUAGCUGCAUCUGGAGUGGACAUCUUAGCUGCAUAUCCACCACCACUUAACGGUGGUCACGGGUAUAAAUUCGCUACCGGAACUUCAAUGGCUUGCCCUCAUGUGUCUGGAGUGGCUGCCCUCAUCAAAUCUUUGCACAAAGAUUGGCCACCUGCUGCCAUAAGAUCAGCAAUUGUGACUACUGCCUCAGUAACUGGCACAGAUGGACAGGUGAUAUGGGCACAGGGAGAUACUCGCAAGCCAGCUGACCCUUUCGAUAUGGGUGGAGGGCAUAUCAAUCCCAAGAAAGUGGCAAAUCCAGGGCUCAUUUAUGAUAUUAACAAGGAGAACUACAUUCAGUUCCUCUGUUCCAUGGGCUACACCAGUAAAGAGAUUACCAACAUAAACAAAAGAGAAGUCUCUUGCUCAAAAAAUAAGUAUUCUGAGUUUGACCUGAAUCUCCCCUCUAUCUCCAUCCCAAGCCUUAAAAAUACCAUAACAGUCACCAGGACUGUGACAAAUGUAGGGUCUGUUAAUUCAUUCUACAGAGCUUUAGUGGAAUCUCCUCAUGGUGUUGGAAUGAAAGUUGAACCACAGACACUAUCCUUCAAUUCAUCCAUCACUAUGCUUUCAUUCAAAGUGACCUUUACUUCUACUCAGAAGUUGCUUGGGGAUUACUCAUUUGGAAGCUUGUCUUGGACUGAUGGUCAUCAUUUGGUCAGGAUUCCGCUGGCGGUUCGUGUUGUUGAGUAUGAAUCUUUUGUGGAUACUUAGGGUUCUUGUUCUUUCUUUC